AUGACCGUCGGAGCGGACAAGGACUAUCCCAGCGAGGCGACAGGGCCUGCCUUGGAAACGGUCAACAAGCACGCAGCCGACAGCGACAUCGUCCUCUUCGGGAGCUGGUUUUGUCCGUUCGUCCAAAGAGUGUGGGUGGCUGCUGAGUACCUUGGUAUAUCGUACAAGGCAAAUGAAGUCGAUCCUUAUCAGAAGCCCAAGGAGCUCGUGGAGCUCUCACAUAAAGGACUCGUUCCUGCGUUACGGCUGAACAGCUUCUCGCCACCGCGAGCUUUGAACGAGAGUACAGUGAUCAUGGACUAUCUUGAGGAUCUUGCGUCCACAACGACGAAACGAUCUCUGUUCCCUCCCAGCACGGACGCAUAUGCGCGCGCCCUUGUUCGUCUGCAGGCCGACCAUAUCUCCCGCACACUCGUCCCCGCCUUCUACCGGUACCUUCAAUCUCAAGAUCAACAAGCUCAGAUCGACCACGGAAAAGAGUUCGUCGACACACUCGAACACCUCGCCAGCCUCUUUGAGCGUGCGGAACGUGAAGUAGGCGGCACAGGGAUGUGGAAGGAAGGUGGCGAGCUUGGCUAUGCGGACGCCAUGGUUGGACCGUGGAUAUUCCGCGCGAAUAACGUGCUGACCCAUUAUCGUGGGUUUGAAAUGCCCCAAACGCCUAAAUUCUCGGCGUGGGUGCAAAGGCUACUGGAGCAUCCUGCGUUCAGAUGUACAUGCAGUACAGAUGAUAUUUAUGUUCAAGCCUACCUGAGGUACGCUUCGAACCGGCCAAAUACGAGUCAGGUAGCCAACGCGAUCAAUUCCGGGAGAGCACUGCCGUAAAAACGUAAAAGGGGGAGACAUUCUCAAACAAAAAAUUACAAUGUAUAGUACCUUUGUCUUAAAAAUUAGACGAUACUUUUCAUUACCAC